AUGAAUUAAUAGGUUUAGACUAAGGUUGCUUCACAAUUAUAGUUUAUUGUUCCAUAAAAGGCUCAAUUAAUUUUUGACGUAAAUCAAGCAUACCAAGCUUAUUCUUUACCAAAAAUUCAAUAUCGAUAAUAGUUACCUGAUGUUCCAUUAAAAUCAAUAAGGCAAUUUGAUGAAAAAUAAGAGCAAUCGAAAUAAAAGAAUGAUAACUAGAUUUUUAAGGAAUGGAAUGUAAAUUACUAAGAAGAUAUAUUAUUAGCAAAUAAUAAAUAACUGAAAGCUUAACAAAAUACAGAUUUAUUAGAUAAUUUACGAUCUAUUUCUAAAUAGCCUCCUAAAAAGAAAACUCGUAUGCAUAAGACUAAAUUCAAAAUAGUAAAAAAUGAAAAAAACCAUCCAAUUGUAGAGUAAACCAUGUGCUAAUAUAUUUCUUAAAAGUGUUUAUUUUAACAUUAAUUUAGCAUUUAAACAUAAGUACCAGGAAGUGCAAAUAAUCAAGAUUACGAUGCAAGUGCUCCUUUCUUUAUUCCAACAUUAGAAUUUGCAGAAUAAUUGAAUGAAGAAAAAUAAACUUUUAAAAAAACUAAGAAAUACGGAUUCGAUGAUGUGACUUUAAGGAAAAAUAAAUUAAUAUUGGAAGAAGUCAUUUUAUUGAGAUUAUAAAAGAAAGAAAAAAUAAGACAGAAAAAUUAGAUAAUAAAUUAAGUUAAGAAAGAAAAUGAUUUCGAUUAAUAGCAAAAGAAUAAAAUUAAUAUAUAAUAUUGA